AUGAGCUGUGAUGAAGCCGUUUUUAUAAUGAUUUCGGUAGAACGCUCCUGCGGUGCAAACAAAAUUUAUUAUGAGGAUUGUAUCUGGGAUAUGUACACCGACUUAAAAUAUGGCUGUAUAAGAUCGUCGGAUUGCAGAUGCAUCGAAAACUUUUUUGAAAAGGAUGGCAAAUGCUUUCCGAAUCCAACAACUCCUUCUGCUCCUCUUAGCAGUCGCGAUUUCAAUAUGUUCGUAAGAUCCAAUUGUACGUAA